CCCCACAGGGACAUGAGAAAGGAAGCAGGGACAUGGGAAAGUCCAGCAGCUCAGGAUUGGUAAUUGCGAAAGCCAGUUUCAUUCCCAUUGAUAACACAACAGACUGCCAGAGGGCUACAUAAAAGGCUUCAGCAACAGCAAGUAACUCCUUGGUAUUACUAGGAACACUGAGGAAAUCCUCCUUUUAUUUUUUUUUUUCACCCGUGACAUGGAGUAACAUGCAAAACCCUAGUUUUCCGGGUACUCCGGUUUCCUCCUCCAGGCCAAAGACAUGCAUGUCUAGCGUAAAAGUGUGGAGACAUGGAGCGCAUCAUGACCUCGCUGAUUUCUACCACUUUAAUCAUGUGCUUGGCAUUCACAGAGCUUCAUGGGUCAGAUGAUUGGCUCUGUGACAGAGCCAGGUUUGAUUAUGGCAUAUACAACAUCUGUGUACCUACCUUUAACAAAAACAUGGCGACUAUCAACUACCAGGAUGAGUGUCCAUGGCCCAUCGCUCAACGCUACUACAAUGAUAUGGACAACUGUGUCCAAAGUAAGGCUAAAAUGACAGGAUGCACUGAGCCAUCUCUGAAGAACCAGAUCUUUUUGGAUCUCCACCGCACAUAUUUUCUCCACUGCCCCUACAAGAAGAACCCUGCUGCUCAUGUGCUGCUGUUGUUCAUACUUCCUUGCAUCAUCCUCACCUUUCUAUUCCCCUUUUUCUGUAGCUAUAUCACCAGCAUAGGUGAAUAACUCAGAUUGCUACAAAGCCUAAUUUGAUUAGGAUUACAAAAUAAUCCUUUUUAAUAAUCCAGAAUUUGAGCACCUAUGUAGUCUUAUCUUGUAUGUAUAAGAAUUAGAUGUUGUAAGAAAAUGUAUUAGUGUAAAUCACCUUUUUUUUACUUCAGGUAAAAGUCAGUUCCAACUGGAACCUCUUUACCAUUAGUUUAUAACUGUUAAAUUGUUCAUUUUUACUCAUUGAGUAAAUAACCAAACCGCUAUUACAUUUACAUCAUUUGGCAGAUGACCUUAUCCAGAGCGACUUACGUUAUCUCAUUUUUGUACAACUGCACAAUUGAAGGUUAAAGGCCCAGGCUUUAAAGCUCAAGGGCCCAGGAGUGGCAGUUAGGUGGACCUGGGAUCGAACUCACAACCUUCCAAUUGGUAGCCCAACACCUUAAACACUAGGCUUCCACAUGCCCACAUGUCAUGUAUUAUUCAGUCAUUCCCCUGAAGCAACUCUCAUGAAUUAUUUGGUAUUCACAGUGUCUUUGUAAUGUACCAGAACAGCUUCACUGUGCCUUGGUAUAGAUUCUACACAUGUCUGGAACUAUAUCGGACUGACCGAUGAACACCAUUCUCCCAAAAGAUAUUUUCUCAGAUAGUAUUUUGCGGAUGGUAGUGGAAAGCACUCUCGAACCUUGUCCUGUGAAUCAUGGCGUAAUUCAGAAAGAAAUCACUCGAUGUCUGUGGGAAGUGGUUGCCUAGUGGUUUAGUUGCUGGACUGCCAAUCAGAAGGUUGUGAUUUCAAUUCCCAUAUCCACCAGGCUGCCACUGCUGGGCCUCUAGCAAGGCCCUUAACUCACAAUUGCAUAUUGUUGUAUAAAAUGUAAGUUGCCCUCUAUAAUCUGUGUCUACUUAAUUCUGGAAAUGCAAUGUCUGGCUGUCUUCUGCAGAAAUUGUGAUGCAAACAGACAUCACAGGGAGACUUUGUUCAAGAUGUAAGAUAAGACCUUCACAAGAUGCAUGUUGUUUAGGAGUGCUAGUCUUAUUCCUUAGUUCACUGUAGUGUACUGGAAUAUUCAUACACAUGGACCAGUACCUAACCGCAGAGAGUAUGUUGGCUUCACAAGACUCUCCACAUUAAGUAUGUUGAGAACUUAACAGGUUCUGCUACACAAAAAUAGCCUUAAAUCAAUGUAUGUUGAAACACAUAAAUAUUUAUUUUGAGACAAAAAAAUAACAAUUUGUUUUAUAGCGGUUCGAAAACAUUUUUACAGUAAUAGUCAUUUCUACUGCUAUUAAAAUAUCCACAUAACAUCAUUAUUUCCUUCAGUAUUGCUAAAACUAAAGUCAUACGUUACUUAUCAUAUGGACGUGUUUGCCUUUUUUGACAAACUAUACCUCUUACCAUAGUUACAACAAGGCAACAUUGAGUUAUACAAAUGGUCUGUUUGGGACUGACAAGAGUUAGACAUGAUUUAAGGAUAACUGGACACAUGGGUGCUGAAGGUAUAGAAAGCAAACAUUUAUACAUUAUAUGCAUUACACUCCAAAAAAUGGAAGCUAUCAGGUGAUAUUUAUACGUUUGACAAUAUUUUACAGUCAAGUCAAUUUGCUACAAACCAAAAUAUUACAUCGGUAUGAAGUGAUGUAUUUUCAUUAACAUUUAUAAAGGAUAACCUUUCAUUGUCUUUGCUGAGAGCAGGCCCUUAUAUUGAUCAGGUGUAAAUGUUUUUUUCCACUUGAAUUAGGUAAUCAAGUUUUAUUUAGCCUCUGGAUGCGAGAGUCUGGUGUAUAAAAAGGUUUCAAUAAACAAAUAUUAUAAUAAAAUAAAA